GCCUGCAGGCAGAGAGAGGGAGGGAAAGAGAGAGAGAGAGAGAGAGACGGGCAGGUGGAAGGUGCAGACGCAGAGGGUGAAGUCAAACCGAAAAGGAAAACAAGAUGAAGGCAGAGGAGCCGAGGGAGGACGAACGAUAGACAGCAGAGAGCUACCUACCACGCCAGGAGAGAGGGAGGAGAGAAAGAUUUCCUUACGCGUACCAGCAGAGAAGCGAUUUGCAGAGUGAGAGAGAGAGAGAGAGAGAGAGAGAGAGGAGAACAGAGCGAGCAAGGGCUGGAGAGGAAGGAAGCCACACUCCAGCACUGCCAGUGUGAACGUGACGAACGAGGAAGAGAGACAGGGAGAGGGAGCGCAGGAAGGAGAACACAAGACACCGUGGGGAAGUGGUGGGACCCGGAAGACAAGGGCGGGGGUGGAAAGGGACGAGAGUGGACGCAGGAGAGACAGAGAGAAAGGGGGAGAGGAGGGAAGGUGAUGGAGGCGUGGAGAGAGAGAGCAAACUCUGUUCCUGUUCAGUCUGACAUCGAAAGGACAGGAGCUGAGCAUAGCACAGCCAGGGCUCAACACAGCGUGUAGGUGUGUGUGGGUGUGUGUGUGUGUGGGUGUCAGAUAGGGUGUGAUGGAUCCCGGUUCUGUGUCAGUGUGUUUGCAGAGACAGACUGUGCGGUACAGGAACUCUCCAGCCGGGCACACUGUCUGCCGUCUGCAUGCUUAGAACAGAUAUGAGAGUGUGUGAAGGGGUUUAAGUGUGUGUGUGUGCUUCGAGACAGAAGGAGCAGGUGUGUGUGUUUGAGAGAGAGAGGCAGGCACCGGGCAGCUUUUGGGGCGACGCUGACAGGGCGAGAGCUCUAGUGAAGGAAGACGAGACGACGAGGAGAGAAUACGAGAGAGAACCACAAGACCACAUCUCACGGAAAUCCUCCCCCGCGGCCCUCUCACUCCCCAGACCUCGACACAGCAUCUCUCUCUUCCUGCCUCGGACUCCCCACUUCUGAGGCUGAGGACAGGAACCGGUCCGCCCUGAUUUCCUGUGUUUGGUGGAUGCCGGCGAGGUCCAGCCAUGGGAGAGUGGACCAUUCUGGAGCGCCUCCUAGAGGCUGCUGUUCAGCAGCACUCUACCAUGAUAGGAAGAAUCUUGCUGACCGUGGUGGUGAUAUUCCGUAUCUUGAUCGUGGCCAUCGUUGGUGAGACCGUUUACGAGGACGAGCAGGCCAUGUUCAUCUGCAACACCAUGCAGCCCGGCUGCAACCAGGCCUGCUACGACAAGGCCUUCCCCAUCUCUCACAUCCGCUACUGGGUGUUCCAGAUCAUCCUGGUGUGCACGCCCAGCCUCUGCUUCAUCACCUACUCCGUCCACCAGUCUGCCAAGCAGCGCGACCGCCGCUACUCCUUCCUGUACCCGCUGCUGGACAGGGACUACGGCGGGCAGGGCGGAGCCCGGAAGCUGCGGAACAUCAACGGGAUCCUGGUCCAGCAUGGAGACAGUGGACGGGAGAAGGAGGAGCCAGAAUGUCUGGAGGUGAAGGAGAUACCAAACGCACCGCGAGGGCUUACGCACGCCAAGAACAAGGUGCGUCGUCAGGAGGGUAUUUCUCGGUUCUACAUCAUCCAGGUAGUGUUCCGGAACGCUCUGGAGAUUGGUUUCCUGGCUGGACAGUACUUCCUGUAUGGCUUCAGCGUUCCGGGGAUCUUCGAGUGCGACCGCUACCCCUGUCUGAAGGAGGUGGAGUGCUACGUGUCUCGGCCCACGGAGAAGACCGUGUUCCUGGUCUUCAUGUUUGCGGUCAGUGGUAUCUGUGUCCUGCUGAACCUGGCUGAGCUCAACCACCUGGGCUGGAAGAAGAUCAAGGCGGCCGUGCGUGGUGUGCAAGCUCGCAGGAAGUCCAUCUGCGAGAUUAGGAAGAAGGAUAUGUCCCACCUGUCACAGCCCCCCAAUAUGGGGCGAACCCAGUCCAGCGAAUCAGCCUAUGUCUGAGUUGAUGGACGGGGCUUUUUUGAAUAGCUGGGACGGGCACAUUUCGGGUGGGAGGAGAGGGGAUGAGGGGAUAACCAUCAUGAGAGGACAUUCUACCAGUCUAAUGACUCAGGGAUGUUUGAUCAUGAGGAAGAAAAGGAGAGAUGUUGUUAAACACCUCCCGCAGAAUUCGUGAUUGAAUUGUUUAUUUUUUACCAUGCAUAUGUCUCCUUUUGUUGUCAUAGACAUGGAAGAGCUUUAACACUCCAACUUUUCCAAAGGGCUCAGUCUGGGACUGGAGGACAGGAAGAACUGUUUCUUAUAUCUGGUACUGGAUGUUUCUUUUUGGAAGAGGAAGUUGUUUUUGGUUCAAGGUGGGAAAGGGAGGGGUAUCCCAUGGUGCUUUUCUUCUGAACUUUGUCCCCCCUGGUGAGAAGAGCCAGGUUUGGAGGAAUGGACGACGAGAGAUGGAGGAGAGGGGACAGGUGUUGUUAACCGAGGAGAGAAAGAGCUGUCACAAACAUAAUGAACUCAGAGAGAUCAGCUGACAGGAGCGGCCUGGUGCUGGGGAGGAAUAGAGGACAAAAUAUUUGAGGAGUAGGAGACAGAGAGAAAAAAGUGACAGAGGGAUAUAAAGAGGAAGAAAGGAAACUGAAACGGAGGGAAAAAUCUCCCCUGGACGACAGCAGAGUCAAGAGAACGGGCCUGUCCAGCAGCAGUACGGAGGAGUCUGAGAAGUGUCACCUCUCUGUCACCAUGGGAGACGAAGCCAAAACCAGACGCCUACCAGUGUUUACCUCUGCUCUCCUGGCUGAGCAGCAACUUAACACUAACACACAGACAACAUACUGUAAACACUCUCCGCUCUCCUCCUCUCUCCUCCAUCCUCUAUCUCCCUCUCUGCGCUGGCAGCUCGCUGCCGUGUGAGCACAUUAAUGUCCUCCGCUCCUCUCGUCAGCAUAAACUAGCGAGAGAGCAGUGGACAGCUACAUAAACUAUACCCUCUUCAACACUGAACACUCUUCUCUCAUACCCCCCACACCUGAGAGAUCUUGCUCUAGCAUUCCAAUGUGUUAACCUUUGUGUGUGUGUGUGUGCGUGUGUGUGCAACUGAGAGUGAGAGAAAAAGAAAUAUGAUGAAAGAAGGAAGGAGAUUAAGAAAAAAGAAAGAAAGAAUGAACGUGAGAGAAAUAUCUAAAGAGGGAGGGAGAGAGAGAUCACUCUCCUCCUUGCUAUAGCUAGUGGUGGAACAGAUCACUUUAUUACUAUUGAUUUUAACUUUUAUAACUAUAUAAUGCUGAGUUACGAUCUAUUAUUAUUUUUGUGACAGAGUUGGUGCCAUCCUUUUGGAUUUAUAAUGUUUGAAUGUUAAACUGUAUAUUAUUUAAUCAUUUAGUUAGAGAGUUUAUCUUAAUAGAGUUUGUCUUUAUGGAGAGGCAAUGGAGAACUAGGUUGAACGUUAUGUACAAAUCCUCUGUUUUUCUUUCUUUUUCUGUUGACUUCAUGUUUCUUCCUGAGAGAACUGCAUCAUUUGUGGGUGAGACUGGGACUGUCUGAACCACUGUUUUGGGUAUGUUCAGUUUCUGUCUGGUCAUUUCAGGAUGUACUGUAGAUGUAGUAUGUAUAUGUAAUCAAAAUUGUAGUAUAGCAAAUGUAAUAAGGACAUUUAUCAAUAAAUGCCAUAUUAUUAAAUUAAUACAUUAAUAAGGAAGGUUUCAGGAAUAGUUGAACUAAUUUCCUAAUUUGACUUGAACAAAAAAUGAGCAGACCUGAGGCCAAGUUCUGAGGGGUUUAAAAAGGCAUGUUUAAGAAGCUGUGUGUUUGUAAAAUGAUCCAGUUGUGUUCUGGUCAUGUGACUCUCCACAUCAUCUAACUGGUGUGAUUCAUCUGCAUCUCUCGUAUGGCGAUACGCAUGCAUGCCUUCUACUGACAUGAGAAGAAAAGAGAAAAGAUUACUAAGGAAGGAGACAUAUGUGUUGGCACCUUGAUCCAUGCAGACAGUGGGGAGAGUGGAAGACGUGAAGAAGCUCACAGAGGGAGGUUAGGCACCAAACCUUACAAACUAGACUGAAAAACACGUACAUGCACAGAGAGACAGGGAGAGAGACAAAGACAGAGAGAGACAGUGAUAAAAAGAGAGAGAGACCUAUUAUCGUGGUUCUGCCUGAGUGGAAGUGCUUGGAGCAGCAUAUUCUCUCUUCAUCUGCAUUCAGCCUUGGACGGGGGGUCACAGAGAGAGGAGGGGAGGGAAGGAAGAGAGAGGAGAGGA